AUGUCGGCCGUAGAUCACGAGGUUCAGGUUGCACAACUGCAUCAGUCCUUUGACAAUGUCGAGGGUGCUCGCCAUCCCUCCAAGGACUUCACGGGAGGAAGCCUUCCCGAGGUGGACGAGAAGCUUCCUUAUAUCACCGCCGAUGGAGAGGUGCCUACUGACGAGGAGAAGCACCGCUUGAGGCACGUUGCGGAGCAUCUGCCGCUAUCUGCCUGGUUGGUUGCUAUGGUCGAACUCAGCGAGCGAUUCACCUACUAUGGUGUGUCCGGUAUCUUCCAGAAUUACAUCCAGCGUCCUCUCGACGGUAGCAUGGGUCGUGGUGCCCUUGGUAUGGGGCAUCAAGGUGCUACUGGUCUUUCCACCUUUUUCCAGUUCUGGUGCUAUGUCACCCCCAUCCUUGGUGCCAUUAUUGCCGAUCAAUACUUGGGCAAGUACAAGACUAUUGCUCUGUUCUGUGGUGUCUAUCUUGCCGGUCUCUUCAUCCUUCUGUUCACUUCGCUUCCCACCGCUCUUGAGCAUGGCGCUGGUCUCGGUGGUUUCAUUGUCUCGAUCAUUGUCAUUGGUCUUGGUACCGGCGGUAUCAAGAGUAAUGUUGCUCCUUUGAUUGCCGACCAGUACACUCGCAAGAAGAUGGCCGUCAAGACCAACCCCGACGGCGAGCGAGUCAUCAUCGACCCUGCCAUCACCAUCCAGCGUAUUUACAUGAUCUUCUAUGCUUGUAUCAACCUUGGUUCUUUGUCGCUUUUGGCCACUCCUUACAUGGAGCGCGACGUUGGCUUCUGGUCGGCCUUCCUUCUUUGCACAUGCAUGUUUGGUGUCGGUACUGCUGUUUUGAUCAUUGGCCGCAAGUACUACAUCGUUCGCGCACCACAGGGUUCCGUCAUCACCGAUGCCUUCAAGGUAUUGGGUAUGAUGCUCAAGCACUUCAACAUGGAUGCCGCCAAGCCAAGCUGGCAAGCCGAGCAUAGUGGCAACAGCGACUUGCGUUGGGACGACCACUUCGUCGAUGAAGUCAAGCGUGCGCUGGUUGCUUGCCAGGUCUUUGCCUUCUACCCAAUCUACUGGGUUGUCUACGGUCAAUUCUCCAACAACUUUGUUACCCAGGCCGGUCAAAUGCAGGGACACGGUAUCCCCAACGACUUGAUGCAGAACUUUGAUCCAAUCUCCAUCAUUGUGUUCAUUCCUCUCCUCGAGUCCGUGGUAUACCCUCUUCUCCGCAAGAUGCACAUUGACUUCAAGCCCAUCAGCCGUAUCUCCCUUGGUUUCAUCGUCGCCUCCCUGGCCAUGGUGUACGCUGCCGUUCUUCAGCACUACAUCUACCAAGCCGGUCCUUGUUUCGAGGCUCCUCUCUGCGCUGCUUCUGAAAUCGACGGAGUCGCUCAGGGAAACAACAUCCACAUCGCCAUCCAGACUCCUGCAUACAUGCUCAUCGGUAUCUCGGAGAUCUUUGCUUCUGUCUCUGGUCUCGAGUACGCCUACACCAAGGCUCCCCCCAACAUGAAGUCCUUCGUCCAGUCCAUGUACUUGUUGACCAACGCUUUCGGAUCUGCUAUCGGCAUCGCAUUGACCCCUGUUGCCUACGACCCCGCUAUUAUGUGGAUGUUUGUCGGUUUGGCCUGCGCUUCCUUCGCCGCUGGUAUCGUCUUCUUCAUCGUGUUCCGUCAUUUGAACGCUAAGGAGGAGGAGAUGAACGCAUUGGAUGCUGAGGAUGACGUUGCUGCUCCUGCGGCGGAUGCUGAGAGGAAGUAA